AUGGGUUCAGACCGCUUCGACGUCGAUGAGCUGAAGCAUAUCUUGCGCCCCGGUUCUUCCGCGGCGAAGAUUGACUGGGGCAACGAGGAGCACCGCCGCUGCAUGGUCGCCUGCAUGGUCAAAGGCGCUUACGUCCUCGAGAGCGACAGAGCGAUGGGCAGGACGGAGGCGGCGGCGCUGGCGCCGGCGUGGUGGGAGAGCUUUCACUUCCGCCUCAACCAAAAACUCACGGACGGCAGGUCCAUCUAUGGUGCCAUCUACGAGCAUGUGGCCGGCCCCCGCCACCCAGCUGCUCCACGGUAUGUCGUCGCCUUCAGGGGCACCAUGCUGAAAAACCCCGAUAGGAAGGUGAUGGUGAAAGAUGUAAUCCUCGACGUCAAUAUACUGACCAACACACUCAAGUACCGCACGCGCUCCAAGCGAGCGCGAGGGGCGGUCGAGGGACUUAUGGCUGACCCAGCUAGGUCAAACCCAGACCGAGAGGAGUGCGCUGACGUCUGGCUCGCCGGGCACUCUCUUGGCGCUUCACUGGCGCUGGACGUGGGGCGGAACAUGAUUGUGGAGUGGGGGCUCAACCUCCCGACCUUCCUCUUCAAUCCGCCGCAGGUGUCAUUGACACCUGUGCUCAACUUGCUGAAGGCGACGGACAAGGCCAAGUCGGGCCUGCACUUGACGAGUUUCGUCUGGAAGGUCGCUGCGGGACGUUUCUCCGAUUCCCACCGAGAGAACAUGGGGCAGCUGUUCAAGAAGCUUGAACCGUGGGUGCUGAAUCUGUACGUGCACGACAAGGACUGGAUCUGCCAGGGCUUCAUCGACUACUUCGAGCUGCGGCAGAAGUACCGCGAGCGAUUCCCUGAUGCUGGCACCGUGUGGAUGACAAUAUCGUACCGAGACAUGCUCUCGCGCCUCUUCGGCGAGGAGACAGGGCAGCCUCACCUCCUGCCAUCGGCAACGCUGUGGAAAAGCAGGCUCGAGACCGAUGCGCACGGUCUCCAGCAGUGGUGGAAACCAGACAGAGUGCUCGAAUUGGGGGCCAAGUCUUAUAGCUACACUACCUGA